AGAUGACCAAAAAAAAAAAAAGCAGCACGAACAAGCACACGCAUUUGGAGCACUUCUGUUGUCGAAUGAGACUGUCACCCUGAGGGUGAGGUCAUAGCGUAUUUUGGAGUGAGUGAGCCCUCCAUCUUUGUGCGGUGCGACCACGCCCCGGCCCCUACCGUGCAGCCAGUGCACCAGGCUAAGGCUAAGCUAAUGGUACAUCCGGGUACUCUGCUCCAUUGACAACGCUGCGAAGAUGGCGACUACUGGGAGGAGUGCAUUAUUAUCCUCCACCUUAACUGGAUCCAAGACCACGCUGGAGAACCCGGAGGAGGAUGACGGGCAGAACUUGUGGUCGACUAUCCUGAGCGAAGUGUCAACCCAUUCAAGAUCUAAAUUACCAUCUGGGAAAAAUGUCCUGGUUAUGGGGGAAGUUGGCUCAGGGAAAACCACCUUGGUUGCCAAGUUACAAGGAGUUGAAGAGUAUAUGAAAGGGCGAGGUCUAGAAUACCUCUACAUCAGUGUCCAUGACGACGACAUUGAUGACCACACGAGGUGUAACGCGUGGGUCUUAGACGGAGACUUUUACCACAAAGGUCUACAGGGAGUGGCUGUACCGGUUGACGCGAUCGGCAACACGUUACUGCUGAUAACGGUUGACAUGUCGCGGCCGUGGAACGCGCUGGACUCGCUCCAGAAGUGGGCCGCGGCCGCAAGGGAACACGUCGACAAACUACGGGUGCCUCCAGAAACGCUGCGGGAGCUCGAGCAUAGACUUGUAAAACAGUUUCAGGAAUACACGGAGCCUGGGGGUGGAGAGGAUGGGACCUCACAGAGGAGGCCCGAUGAGGAGGAGAGCGUCUUGCUGCCGUUAGGAGACAACACCCUCACGCACAACCUGGGCAUACCGAUGAUAGUGGUCUGCACUAAGUGUGAUGCCAUCAGCACUUUGGAGAAGGAGCACGACUACAGAGACGAACACCUGGACUUUAUCCAGUCCCACAUCAGACAGUUCUGUCUACAGUAUGGAGCUUCUCUUAUUUACACAUCCGUGAAGGAGAUGAAGAACCUCGACGUGCUAUAUAAAUAUCUGGUCCACAGACUUUACGGCUUUCCAUUCCACUGCCCCGCACAAGUGGUGGAAAGAGAUGCGGUCUUCAUUCCCUCAGGUUGGGACAAUGAAAAGAAGAUUGCAAUACUUCACGAGAACUUCCAGACCAUAAAGACGGAUGACAGGUUUGAGGAUGUGAUCGUUAAACCACCAGUCAGAAAGAUUGUCCAUGAAAAGGAGAUUCAGGCUGAAGAUGACCAAGUGUUUCUGGUAAAAUUGCAGUCUCUGCUCUCCAAACAGCCUGCUGUUACUGUCGGGCGACCGGUGGACACGACAACCAGAGCACCCACUGGUUCACCGCGGACGAGCAAUCGUUCUGCAGCUGCCAACGUGGCCAACGCCAUGCCGCAGUCAGGUCAAACCAGUGAGGGGGUCUUAGCCAACUUCUUCAACAGUCUACUGACAAAGAAAGCAGGCACAGGUGGAGCCGGAACGGCAGGAGGUGGCAACAACACUCCAGGGACGGUACGCAAAUCAGGCUCAAAGCUGGGCCUGAGUGACGUACAGGCGGAGCUAGACCGCAUAUCCAACCGAGAGACGGACUUGCCCAAUGCCAACGAGACCCCCGCCCCUGACGCCCAAGAUACAUGAAGAUCAUCACACUUCAGUCGCUCUGCUCUACUUCUCUCAGCCACCCUCCGCCUCUUUUGACCUCCCUCCCUCCCUCCCUCCUUCUGCUCUGAUACACGGAUAUACAGGGGAAAAUAAGAGGGAAGUAGGGAAAAAGAAAAGGUGGACACCUAGUUUUUUCGACCCAUUGUUUUUCACCCUCCCAUGCGAAGACUUGCCUCUCUCCAUACCCUCUUCUAAAAACUACCCCCACCCUUUCAACCCCAAACUACCCUUCUUACCUGGCUGUUACACGGGAGGGAGAAUGUGUCACUGUAAAUGCAAGAAUGGUUACAUGAGUAAAGGGACCAACUUGGGGGAUGUAGGCUGGAAUGAUUUUUGAAAAUAUUCAUUGCGAGACAGAGAGUGAAGGUGUUGUUCCAUCCAUUAAUUGUGAUGGUUCAAUUUGUAUUAUUAUUAUUUUUUUUUUAUGGUAGAAACUGCUGAAAGACAUGUUUAAGAAACUGCACUUAGAUAAUAGGGUUUUGGGCCAGUUACGUAAGCAAAGGAUGUGAGAGAACAAAAAUUAUUGCCUGAAACAAGACUUUUUUUUUUUUAAAGAAGGGACAAGUGUGCAAGUGUGUGUGUGUGUGUGUGUGUGUGUGUGUGUGUGUGUGUGUGUGUGUGUGUGUGUGUGUGUGCGUGCAAGCGAGCGACAGAAAAUGAAGGACGUAAGUGCAACCUAUUCGUAUGUUGAAGUUCUAUUUACAAACCAAAAAGAAGAAAAAAAAACAUGACUAUGCUCACUACACAUUGAAAUACACUAAACCCCACACUCAACAUGGACAAAAAAAUAAAAUAAAGAUGAUACUUCAGUUUAGCACAGCGCACACUUUGACAUCUGACCAACCUCCCUUCAUGAUACACAGAAACUGCAAAAGGCGGUUGAGAUUUACUUGUGAUUCCAGAGGCAGGGUGGUGGGUGGCCAGGGGGUGUCAAAUCAUGGUAGGGUCACAUCAAGAAUGUACAGCCAUCGUCUUGCUGAUUGGUCCUGUUAUUUCAGAGCUCCGUGUUGGCGUUUGUAUAAUCUGAUCUGUUAAGCAGUCAAAUAAAGGUAUUUAUUCGGAGUCA